UGUUCAUCGUUGACGUCUUAUUGUCAUAUCCGUCAUUAUAAUAAUUCUUCUACAAUAAGAAACAACAAGAACUUAAGAACUACUCUGUUCGUGUACUGGCCAACAAUCUUUAAAUGAUACAUUAACAAAGCCCAGCAAUGGAUAUUUUAAGUGACUCGACAAACUGCAGGCCCCGGCCCCGUACAACCAUUGAUAACCUACCCAAUGAAAUAAUUCACCAAAUUUGUUUGUAUUUGGAUUGUGAGUCGAUCAAAAAUUUUUCGAUUACAUGUCCGAGGUUCUUCAAUAUAGUUGCGAAUUCAUCAGCCAUAACGAAGAAGUUUAAACUGAAACUUACUUCCGAAUUUUGGAAGUCGGAAGAUGAAGUAAUGGGAUUGGAACGAAAGUACAACACAAUCGAAAUGGUAGAUGUUUCCGUUGAUUGUCACAAUGUUGUAAGCAAAGUGUUCGAGAAAUUUGGUCCACAUUUGCGUAAGCUGUCCAUACAUAGGUCUACAGUGGACGAUUUUACCUUACUGACCAUACUGAGGCUGUCGUGGUUUUUGGAAGAGCUUGUUAUCUCUGAAGUGGCAAUCGAACUGAAACUUCCAAAAAUCAAUCCGAUCAGCAUUGUGCAUCUGCGGUCCAUCUCGAUUCAUAAGACAAAUUGGCUGAUUUUCAAGUUUCUGUCACGGUCGCAAAUAACUUCACUGUUAGUCAACAACAGCUCAGACGAAGGUAAAGGAACUAGAUGUCAUUUAGUUUCCAUGCUGUACAAUCAGUAUCGGUUACAAGAGCUCACUUUGCUUGGAACGUCGUCGAGUACACUUUUCAGAUACAGCGAUUUCAUCGGUUCUUGGAACAAUCGGUUAAUUAAGUGUCAUAUUACAUCCGAGACCAGUAACAAGACACUGACUGACAAAAACAUAGGUGAAUUUCUAUGUUCCAAUAACGAAUCGCUGACGAAUGUUCACAUCUCUAUUGCAUAUUGUACACCAAUCAUCGAAUCAAUCAUAUUCAAUCUGCACAAUGUUACAUCACUAGUUUUAGAUGUUGGAGCGUUUCAAGACGAUAAUUCACUUUUCCAAAAGGUGCUUGAUUCUAAACCCAAUUUUCGAUUGAAACAUUUGAAACUCUGUGGAUUAUUCGUUCAGCCUGAAUUAAUCAAAGCUAUUUUAACCAAAUUCCCGUCAAUCGAAAAUUUAGAGCUUGAUGAUUGGAGCAAUACACCUUCCAAGAACAUAUUAAAAUUUGUGGUUGAAAAGUGUCCUUAUCUUCAACAAUUAUUCAUUCCGGCGAUCUCCAGAAUCGAUUGCGAGUUAAAAUUCAGUGCAUUGAAGCAGCUGCAUAUUGUCUAUAUACAAAUGAACGGCAUGAAGGAUCUCGUUCGCUUUAUCGAGCAGAAUAGUUCUUUAGACACAUUAAAAAUCGGUUUGGUUCACAUCGGACAAGUUAAAUCGAUUUGCAAACUGAUGGAUCGUACGAACCUACAACAUUUGUCAUUCGCAGGGAACAGAAAAAAUUUGGAAAUAAUUAUCGAUUUUAUUCGACACAAUACACCGAAGCAACUCAAAACACUGGAACUAUCUCUGCGAUCCCUUGGUGUUCGUAUGAGUUUUUCAAAAACGUUACACAGGUCGAUGCAAAUCAAUUUCCCAUUAAAUCCAUUAGCACCUUCAGAUCUUCGCAGAAAGUUGGAUGCAUUUUUCAAUUACAGUAAAUUAUCGAAAAUACCAUAUUCUAGUGUCGGUCUAUUUUCUUGAUUUUCAUAAAAAUAAAUUUACGCAAAAA